AUGGCUGCAAUCGUCUUGGGGAGGCCUUACCGAACUGCUCUUGACAUACUCAGGAACAAUUCUCGUCUGGAAAACUUCUACCAGGAAAUCGCCACCGAGGCCUUCGAGUUCUGUCUCACCCCCACCCGCAAGCCCGAGUUUAGAAGAUUGGCAGAAACUUUGCGAUCGAACCUCGCAUCAUCCCAAAAAUACACCAACCAGGCCCACUCCAUCAACCUGUCCGAUCCUGAUGUCCUUCAGCGUCAUCUCGAGACUCGCUUCCAGCAGCUCAACACAUCUGUCAAGCUUGAGCUAUGGCAGGAAUCCUUCCGCACCGCUGAAGAUAUCAACGGGCUCAUCGGUUUGAGCAAAAAGGUACCCAAAAACCAUGUCAUGAGUGCCUUCUACGAAAAGAUGAUCAGAGUCUUUGGCGUGGGUGAGAACCACUUGUUCCACGCGGCUGCUUACAACAAGUAUUUCACCAUCCAAGCCAACGUUGCGGCCGAUCAACCGGACAAACUCAAAAAGUUAUCCGGUCUUGUCUUGUUAUCUGCCUUAGCCGUACCGGUCGUUGGCUCGAGCACAUCUACCAAUGAACCUCAAAGGAAGAUGAGAGACAACGAGGAGGACUCAAACAGCUUGAACAAGACCAAACUGGGUCGUCUCGCUAGCCUGCUGGGGUUGACUUCCUUGCCCACUCGUGCGAACCUGUUGAAGGACGCUCUGAUGAGAGGAGUACUGAAGAAGUCGUCGCCCGAGUUGCACUCGUUAUACGAAAUCCUUGAAGUCGACUUUCAUCCACUCUCGAUCACUUCCAAGAUCCAACCCAUCUUACAGCAGCUUUCUGAGGAUGAAGAAACCAAGCGAUAUGUCGAGCCACUGAAAGAGGUCGUGCUCACUCGUCUCUUCCAACAACUCUCCCAAGUGUACGAUUCCCUGAAAUUAAAUCGAGUGAUCAAAUUAGCAUCCUUCGGAGAUUCUGAGCCUGAGAACUUGAAAAUCACUCGCAUUAGAGUUGAGAAGUUUUUGAUGGAAGCUUGCAAACGUGGUGAAUUGGAGGUGACGUUGGACCAUUCAAGCCAGCUGAUCAAGUUUACAGAUCGGAUGUUCGAAAACGAAACUAACAGUCAGAUCAGCUCAACCCAACUUCCGACUUCGAACAUUCCAUCCUUACUGAGCUUCAACAAGGACCAAGACUUGGUCCCCACUCAGAGUCUCGCCAAAAGUGGCGUCCUUCAACCCAACUCGGCCAGCUUACUUCGUACUCAUCUAACCCGCUUGGCCAGCGCCCUCACAGUCUCGCUCAAUCACAUCAUGCCUGUUCUGUCGACGAUCAAUGAGACUGCCACACCAGACCUUCAUCUGGUGAAAUCGGUUGCCCUGCAAGCCUUACAGAUUGACGGUCCUAAACAGAGAAAGAUGCUACAGAAACGGAAGGUGACGAUCGAAGAACGAAAACGAAAGGUCGAAGAGCUCAGGCAGAAGCAAGAUAUCGAGGAAGCAAAAGCUAAGGCGCUGAGGAUCAUCCAAAUCCAAGAAGAACAACAGAUUCGCCUGCAGAAGCAGAAUAAGGAGAGAGAGAUCAAGAAACUCAAGGAUGAAGCUGAUAAAAUUCGGGCGGCUGAAGCCGAGAAAGUUGCUAUGGCGUUGGCUGCUCAGGCCGGUCUGAACGUUGAUAUCAAGAACUUGAAGGGCGUAGAUACCAACACGAUCAUUCAAAUGGGAGUCGAACAAAUCGAAAAGGAGAAGAAAGAGUUGGCAGCGAAAAUGAAAACGGUCAACAAACGAUUAGAUCAUACCGAACGAGCCAUGCGACGAGAAGAGAUUCCCCUGUUGGCGGAGGACUACAAACUCCAACAAAUCAGGGAUGAGACGAAUAUGAAGAAGUUACAAGAGGAACUUGUCGAAGGAUUGCAAACUAAGCACGCAAAUGAGGUGACGAUCAAACACAAGUUGCAGAAGAUGAUGCCCGACUUCCUCAAAUUCAAAGAACGGAUAGCCAACCAACGAGGCCAUGAUUACAAGAAAGCCAAGGAAGAAUCGCUGAUCAAGAUCGAGCAAGCGAAGAUCGAGCGUCGUGCCCAGGUGGUCAAGGAGCGCAAGCUUGCGAAAGCCAAGGCGGCCGAGGAGCUCAAAAUGAAGGAGGAGGAGGAGCGACUCGAAGAGGAACGCAAGAAGAAGCAGGCAGAAAUUGACGAGCAGGAGCGCAUCCUCAAGGCCGAGGCCGAGGCUAAAGCUAAAGCCAUGCGUGAGGAACGUGAGAAAGAGAGGGCUGCUGCUGCUGAAAUGGCUGCUAAACAAGCCCAGAGAGAAGCCGAAGCUAUGGCUAAGAGAGAAAAUAAAAAACUCGCCGAACGAGCCGCUGCUCCACCUUCCGCUGGGCCGGCAGCACCGACGGCUGAACCAUGGCGACGAACGGGACCAGGAAUCGGAGCAGGCGCGGAGGCGGGGGCGAUAGUGAGUGGGGUAGCGGCGUCGGCGGCUGAAGCCCGACCACCGGUGGUAGCUGAGCUCAAGCGGCCGACGAUCCUGCCCGGUGCGACCAAGGCGGGUGGCUGGCGAGAGCGACUGGCAAUGAAGGGUGGCGAGGAGAGCGAGAGCACCAGCCCGGUCGGCGGCCUCAGUCGCGUUUCCUCCGCCUCGGGCACCCGCCGCGACAAUCUUCCGCCUCCUUCCACCGGAACGGGUGGCUCCGGAAACGCCUACAAACCUCCCCAGAAUCGUACCGAACCUGGCUCGGGAGCUAAUUCAAGAACCCCGAGUGGAAGAGGUGCCUCCAGAUGGUAG